AUGGAGGUGGAGAUAAUAUCCAGAGAGUGUAUCAAACCGUCUUCUCCAACACCCAGUCAUCUCAGAACUUAUAACAUCUCUCUUCUUGAUCAGUUCCAACCUCACGUAUAUGUUGCUAUCCUUCACUUUUAUCCACCAAACAAAGCUUCAAGUUCUGAAACAUCAAGAGUCUUUAAACAAUCUCUCUCAGAGACACUUACUCUUUAUUAUCCUCUUGCCGGAAAGGCCAAGGAUGGUCUUUCCGUUGAUUGUAAUGACGAGGGUGCUUGCUAUAUCAAUGCCAGAGUCAAUCGCGAUUUAAGCCAUUGUCUCAAGCAACCAACUCAAACAAUAGUCUCCAACUUUCAUCCUAGUGGGAUUGUUUUUACUGAGGUAACACCAGGUGCUCAUGUUGCUGUGAUACAGGAAACUCUUUUUUCUUGUGGUUGUAUUGCCAUAGCCUUUGCUUGUCCGCACACUAUUUUGGAUGCAACUGGUUCAACUGGAUUCAUGAAAACUUGGGCUACCAUUGCUAGACAGCCGAGCACUGGAGCCAAUUUAUCUUCCAAUUUUAAUGCGUCGUCUAUCUUUCCACAAACUAGUACUGCAUUUCCAGAGGAUCUAACAGCUGUUAACUUGACGAGUUUCUUCCAUAGAAAUGGCAAAUUUGUUGUAAAGAGGUUUGUGUUUGAUGGAUCAGCCAUAACCAAACUAAAGGCUAAAACAAUGAGCUCGGGGGUCCAUAACCCAACGCGUGCAGAGGUGGUGUAUGCAGUGUUCCUUAAGUGCAUCAUGUCAGCAUUGAGGGUAAAAUCAGGCAAACAAAAAUCAGCAUUGGCAAUAAAUACUAUGAGCUUGCGACGGAAGGUAGUGCCCCCGAUCCCUGAAACCGCUGUGGGGAAUUUUGUUUGGAUAGCUCCCAUACUCUCUCAAGUUGGGGACAUGAAAUUGUCUGAUUUUGUGCGUCGGAUAAGGGAAUCCUUGUCGCUUAUCAAUGGUGACUUUGUGAAGAGUCUUGAAGGUGAUGGCGGGUUUAACAUCUUAUGUGACUCUAUGAAUGAGUUUCGUAAAUUGUGUUCUAAGGCUUUGUCGGAAGGAGCGGAACCAAUUGCAUUGAAUAGCUGGUGUAAUAUGGGGUCUUAUGAGGCCGAUUUCGGGUGGGGAAAGCCUUUAUGGAUUCCCUUUUUUGGUGCUGCUAAACCACCCAAUGGAUUCUUCAUCAACCUCAUGGAUACAAGACAUGGAAAUGGAAUAGAAGCUUGGGUGGUAUUGGAUGAAGAAACCAUGCCAAUGCUACAACAUGACAUGGAACUCCGUUCUUUAGUCUCAGUAGAUCCAAGUCCUCUACAAAUUGGUUUGUUAAGCUCAAAGCUUUGA